AUGGGUUUUGAUAUUUCAAACAAAGCCUUAGGGUUGUUAAGGGCCCUCAUCGCUCUCUUCUUCUCCUCCCUCAUCAUCUCUGUGAUUUUUGCUAUCAUCCCACUUUGCUAUAAUGUGCUGCUGCUGGCGGUUGCUAUGGCAGUGUCAGGCCUGGCGAUGGGCAUCAUAGACACUAUUGCAAACAUCCAACUGGUGUCCAUUUAUAAGAAAGACUCCGCUAUCUUUCUACAGGCACUGCACUUCUUCAUUGGGCUCGGUGUUCUGGUGAGCCCCCUGAUUGCAGACCCUUUCAUAUCAGAGCACUGCCUGGGCAGUAAUAGCACAGAAAAUGCCACAGAGGUAAUUCAUCACUUCAGAUCCAGCUUCAGGUCACCUGUAAUCCACACUGAAAAUUCCCCACACUCAGAGCCGGUGGAGGAGAAGGCCAGAUGUGCAACAACAGUCUUAGUGACAACUGCUGGAAUGGGUGAGAUGACGUUGCAGGUGUUGGUUGGAUCAGUAAGUACUUAG